CGGUUUCUGACUUGACGUACCACGGUUCUACAACCAAGUUACUACCUCCAUGUAAGUGAAUAAAACAUGUUUAAUAAAAAGCCUCGGAGAAACUUUCGACAGAGAAAAGACAACUCUAGUGACGAGGAGGACGAGCGGAAGACCCGGGGACAUGGAGUGGAAACUGAGGAGGCUCCAGUUGCGGUAAAUAAGCCGGAGAAACUGUCCCAGGGCCGCGGCAUUACGUGUAGCUCCAAGCGGGAAGCGACGCCUCCAAAGCCGGGCAGCAGCAGCGGAGAGGACGGGGAUACGGUGGAAGUGACAGAAGAAGGAGGAGAAAGAAAUAAAGACAGAGAUGAGGUUGUGAAGACAACAAACUCAAUUCUCAGUUUCUCUGAUGACAAAGAAGCUAAGGAACCAACAUUUAAACUGAAGAAGUCUUCUGAUAAAGCUGUGCUGUUCCAAGUGAAGAAGAAGGAAGCAUCACCUGCCAAGACCAAACAAAGAAAAGCAGGUAAAGUUGUCCCUCCGUCUGCUUCUCCCAGGCAAGACUCAGACAGUCAGGCUUCACCACAUGAUCUGCCCCGCACUGAUGAUGACGACAGCAAUAAGGAUGAUGAUGACGAUGAUGAUGACGACAAUGACAGUGAUGAAUGUGAUGCCAGGUCUCCCUCAGCUAGCUCAGACUCCAGCCGCUCUGCUACUAAACCAGCAGUCAUCCCUAAUGCUAAAGAGAUCAAGGCAGCUCGAUGGCAGCGCCGCGCCAAUCGAGCCCAGAAAGAAUUCAUUUCCCUGGGUAGAGACGGCCACAGCUCAGCUGGUAGCACCCCGGAUCACUACAGCAGGGAAGAUGACGAAGAAAGAGUUGAUGAUGACGAUGAUGAGCCGGAUGAUCACGAGAGAAGAAUUGAGUUCGCCCCAAGACUGAAGAGCAUUAGGGAGAGGAUUGCAGAUAAACUUGGAGACACUGAUGACAGUCUCUCAGGAUCUGAUGUAGAUGAGCAGGACCUUUGGGAGGAGACACAAAUCGAGAAGGGAGUCAAGAGACGGCCGGGAGAACAGAGCCCAUCUGGCAGUGAAUCCAGCAGCUACAGCAGCAGCAACAAGCGGAACAGACAAAGGAAAAAAUUAAAAGGGCUCAAAAUACCAACUUUUCCUGCCUUCAGUGUCUCAAUGGUCAAGAAGAGGAUCACUGGAAAACUUGAAUCCCUGAAGGAGGUGCACAGCGCCCGGCAGGCGGAGCUGAGGAGGAUGGAGGGCGAUGUGGAGAACGCUCGGGCAUCCGCCGAGACUCUGGAGGAAAGUUCCUCUGAGAGACAACUCAGGUUUUACAGGGACACGAACCUCUAUGUCCACAACGUGGUGGAGUGUCUACGGGAGAAGGUUGUGGAGAUCAACUCUGUGGAGCUGGAUCUGCACUCCCUGCUGUCCGACCACAUGGAGGCGCUGUUGGCUCAGAGACGACAGAGGACCAGCGAGCAGGCAGACCGCCUGCAGCAGAUCAGCUAUGGCACCAAUGAGCAGGGUGGAAGUCCAACUAAUGGAACAGAAACUCAAAGCGGUGCAGACUCUGGUGUUAAAGCUGAAGAAGACUUUGAUCUACCUGAAGACACCCAGCCCUCAGCAGAAGAGGAGGAGCAGCUGCAGAAGAAGAUAGCUGAUAUCCUCUUGAGGUCCCAGGCGGUGUUUUCUGACGUCCAGGAUGACUUUUGCAGCGUGAAGAAGAUUUUGUCCCGAUUUGAGGAGUGGAGAGGGUCUUACUCUGACUCUUACCACAAUGCCUACAUCUCUCUGUGUCUGCCCAAGUUGUUGAACCCCAUCAUUAGACAUCAGCUACUGCCAUGGAACCCAUUAAAGAGUGACAGUGGGGACUUUGAAAACUUCCCGUGGUUCGCAGCAGUGGAGACAUUUUGUCAUGGUCAUGGCCACGAGGAGCUGGAGAACACAGACAGACAGACACUGUCUAAUGUCAUAGAAAAGACCGUCGUACCCAAAUUGACAGGUCCCCUGCAGGCCUUCAGAGAGGCUGUGAUCAGCAAACUGAGGAGCUGCGUGGAUGACGAUGUCUUCAUCCCUCUGUACCCUAAAACGUUCCUAGAAGACAGCUCGUCUCCUCAGUGUCGCUUCAGGGAUCAACAGUUCUGGACGGCCAUCAAACUGCUAGGUAACAUGGGAAAAUGGGAUUUGCUGCUUCCCGAGUCUGUGUUGAAGGAACUGAUGUUGGACAAGCUUCUGAACCGAUACCUGCUGACCGCGCUGUGCAGCCAGACGCUGAGCAACAAGGCCGUCCAUGCAUGCAGAAAGAUAGCAGACAGUCUGCCGCUCUCUUGGUUCAAAGGAGAGAAUUCCUGUUUGCCUCAGCUCCAGAACUUCAGAAACCACCUUGUUCAGAAAGCUCAUAGCAUCUGCAAACAGCAGCCUCCUGAGGAGCCAAACACCAAGUCUGCUGUGGUUGAGGUGCUGAAGAUUCUGAGUAGUAUCCGGUGCAAUGAUUCCAUCAUGGCGAUAUCAGAGAGAUACCGCUACGAAGACGUGAUCUACUCCCACCAGCUGCUGAACCACGAAGACGUAUGAGCAACAAACGCUGGACUGAAAGAUGGAUCAAACUGAAAAUGUAGUACGCUGGUACUUUGAAAGCUAUCGACAAAGAUAUUGUGCUGCAGAAGAGGGGCUCCUCCUUUUUUUUUUCUUUAAAGGUUGCUACAUAGCCACUGAACUGCAGAAUGAAAACAAUGGAUAUAUAAUCUUUUGUUAAGGUUGUGCUUAAAUUAUGAGCUAAUAAGUGGAACAAAUUAGAUGUUUUACAAUUUACACUGCCAAGAAACAUUAUGUGAGGAAGAACAAAUCAUAUUCCUGCCAUUUCUAUUCAUGAACAAUUUGCUGUCUGUUUUGUACCGGAGAUACAUUUAUUUUUAUGAAUAAAUAUUUGAAUUUUGUUACAAUAUCUGG